AUGGCUUCUCUAACUUCAACAUGGUAUUCAGAGCCUAGUCCCAGGCUGCUUGUGGCGCGCCCUUCCCACGAAUCCGCCCCUUCACCAUCCUCCUCCUCUCCUCUCUCCCUCAACUCCCCUUCCACUCUUUGUCCUCCACCUCUUUUCUCUCCUCAUCUGCUGCACCUGGUGGCUGAUUGUGUCCUUUUGAAGUUGUUGCUCCUCCACACCUUUCCUCCUCCUCAGUACCCUCCCCUCAACUGCUCAACUACGAGCUCCUUCACAACCCUCCCUCCUCUUUUUUCUCCCUUCAGCAGCCCAGCAGCAGACAACCUCGCCGCUAUCCCUCCUCCUUUUAUUUCUCCCCUCAGCGGCGGAGCAGCAGACUACCUCGCCACUAUCCCUCCUCCUCUAGUUUCUCCCCUCAGCGACGCAGCAUCAGACUACUCCGCCACUAUCCCUCCUCUAGUUUCUCUCCUUAGCCGCACAGCAGCAGACUUCUCCGCCACUAUCCCUCCUCCUCUUGUUUCUCCCCUCAGCGGCUCAGCAGCAGACUACUCCGUCAAUAUCCCUCCUCCUCUUGAUUCGCCCCCAAGCGGCUCAGCAGCAGACUGCUUCGCCCUUAUUCCUCCACCUCUUAUACCUCUCCCCUCAUCUGCUCUACAGCUGUCUCCUCUUCCUUAUGACGGCCUCUCUCGCCCUCCCCUCUCUCCCUCUACUGGCACCCUCGUGAGUGGCUUUAACCUCUGGUUUGUCACUCAGCAGAGUGGUUCUGACGCCAUUCAUAAACCUGCCUCUGCACCUACCUCUACCUCCUCUUACCCCUAUGCUGAUGGCCUUCGUGCUGCUAUCGCUGAAACUGAGCGGAUUGCGGCCACGGCCCAAGCCACUACUGCAGCCCGUGGCCUCGCUCGUGUUCUUGCUGAGUCCCUCGAAAGCACCCCCAAGCGCCUCACUGAGCACCUUGCUGCCCCCUCUCCUCGCUCUGCCUCUACGCCCUCUGCUUCUGCUCCAUCUCACUCUGACCUUCUCGCUAACUGGCAUGCUGCCAACGCACGUGCCUCCCAUGUCAUCCUUGACUGCCUACCUCUAACCCUUCUCCCUCAGUGCUCGCACAUCCGCUAUGCCAAAGAACUUCUUAGCUAUCUUACUGAGCGCUUCCAGUCGCAGACUCCCAUCAAUGUCAUUGCCCUCUUACGCGAGCUCACCUCUCUUCGCCUUGCAGACUUCACCACCAUGGCGGACUACAUCGCUCGUGUGCAGACGCUGUCCUCCCAACUUGCCGCUCAAAAGUUUGAACUUUCCAAUCAUGUGUGCGGCGCCCUCCUCCUCACAGGCCUCACUCCUAAAUACAGUAUUCAUCUCACCCUGUAUGGUAAGCACCCCGCCAACCAGUGGUCGUUCUCUCGUGUCUCUGCCUUCCUCCUCCAGGCUGAGCUCAACCUCCGCAGCUGCCCUCCUACUGCCGCUGCUAUCACACCCUCUUUCGCCCCCCCUUCUCUCUCCACCUCUACGGCCGCCGCUGCUUCCUCUCGCCCUCACAACACCUUUCCUCCUUGCACCUACAUCAUUCGCCAGGGGCCCCGUAAAGGGGCUGGGCAUACCAUGACCAUGAUUUGCACUACUACCUCCUCUCUUCCCUGUCCUGCCUCCCCCUCUGGUGCUGUGACUGGCCUCUAUGUUCCUUCUUGCCGCCACAACUUUCUUUCUCUCUCUGCUCUUCAACGUCUUUGUGUGCGAGCUAUCUUCCCUGAAUGUGACUCCUAUUGUGAUCUCUAUCAUCGCAAUUGA